AUGGCAGACCCAACUUCAUAUGUAAUAAAACCAGUUGUGGAUAUCAUCCUUAAGAGUACUACCAAGUCGAUCCGGGAGGAGUUUUCUAGGGUCCAUGGAAUCAAGAAAGUUAUAAAGGACCUGGAAAGUAAGCUCACUAGUAUUCAAAGUGUGGUUGAAGAUGCUGAGAACAAGCAAGUGAAUGAGCCACAUCUGAAAGAUUGGCUCAGAAAGCUCCAGGAUGCAGCUUCUGAUGCUGAAGACAUAUUGGAUGCUUUUACUACAGAAGCCUAUCUUUGGAAACAAAGGCAGAAGGAACAUAAAUUCCCGACUACUCUGAGUAUAAGCAGAACAUCCUAUAAAAGGGAUGCAGCGCAUAAAAUCAAAAAAAAUUUAGAAAGAUUCGAUAGGAUUGCCAAAGAAAAAGAAGCUUUCCAUCUCAACAUCAAAGUUAAUGGCGGUGAUAUUGUGAGCCCAAAUUACACAGGCUAUUUUGUGGACAAGUCAGGCGUAGUUGGCAGGGAGGAUGAUAAAGAAAGGAUAAUGCAUAUGCUGCUAUCGAAUGAAUUCGAUAAAGAAGGAGACGUUUCUGUGAUUCCCAUCAUAGGGAUGGGGGGCUUGGGAAAAACAACUCUUGCUCAACUUCUCUUCAAUGACGAAAGGGUAAAUGAGCAUUUUGAAGCCAAAAUGUGGGUCUGCGUCACAGUCCAAUUUGAUCUGACCAGGAUUCUCAAAGAAAUGAUACAAUUUCAUUCUAAGAUGAAAUUGGAUGACAGCUCCACAAGCGACCUACAAUCCCGGCUUCUAGAAUACAUGGUUGGACAAUGUUUCUUACUUGUUCUAGAUGAUGUCUGGACUGAGGAUUACCUAAAAUGGGAGCCCCUAAAGGAUCUCUUGAAACAAGGGGCAAAGGGAAGCAGAGUCUUGGUCACCAGUCGGAUUACCAAGGUUAAGGAUAUCAUGGGUACACAGCCUCCCCAUCUUUUGGGGUAUUUGCCCGAAGAGGAAUGCUGGUCUUUGUUUGCAAAAACUGCAUUUCAGGGUGUCAGUUUGUCCAGCCAAAGGCAGGAAGUCUUGGAAGACAUUGGUAGAGAAAUCGUCAGAAAGUGCAAAGGUCUCCCAUUGGCAGUCAAGGCAAUCGGAGGUCUCUUACGUGGUUGCGCUGAUGAUGUAAACAAGUGGAGGAAAAUUCAAAGCAGUGAAAUAUGGGAGAUAGAGGAAGAGAACUCCGGAUAUGACAAGCCCAAAAUUUUGGCUAUUCUGAAAUUGAGCUAUGACCAUCUACCUUCUCAUCUAAAGCGCUGUUUUUCUUACUGCUCCUUAUUUCCUAAGGCAUACAUUUUCCACAAGGAAGAGUUGGUCAAGCUCUGGCUUGCGCAAAGGUUUAUACAAGCUCAAGAACGAGAAGGAAGAGGAGACUGGAAUCAAAUAUUUUGA